AUGCUGCUUCUAUUCAUUUUAUCUUUUUUUGUCCUUUCUCUUCAUUCAUUAAAUGGUGCCAGUAAUCGAUUUCGUCGUCAAGCAAAUGGUUGUGGUCCAGUUACCUUGAACAUCGAUACAUUUCUUAGAAAUAUUGGUGAAGAUGUUUUAAUUGUAUGUUGUAAUGAACACGAUCUAUGUUACGACACAUGUGGUAAAACACAAAUGAUAUGUGAUACUACAUUUCUACAUUGUAUGAUUGAAGCAUGUCAACAUUCAUUGUCAUCAUCGAAUAUUAACCGUUGUCAAAAUGUUGCUCGUAUUCUUUUUUGGUUUGUAUUUUUCGGUGGCCAAUCUUCAUAUCAACAAGCACAACAACAACAUCAUUGUACUAUAUCAAAGCAAAUAAAAAACAAUACUUUAGUUGAAACUGUAAAAUAA